UCGUGAACUGUCAACUCAACUCUUACCUGUCUUCUUCAUCAAACCCGAAAUUGCCUUAAUCGGAUCCUAGGUUGACCCGAUUUUAGAUCCGCCAAAAUGAACGACACAGAUGUCUCAAAGCAGAUCCAACAAAUGGUCAGAUUUAUCCGUCAGGAAGCUGAAGAAAAAGCCAAUGAGAUUUCAGUUUCUGCUGAAGAAGAAUUCAACAUCGAGAAGUUACAGCUAGUGGAAGCAGAGAAGAAGAAGAUCAAACAAGAGUAUGAGCGCAAAGAGAAACAAGUGGACGUUCGCAAGAAAAUUGAGUACUCCAUGCAACUCAAUGCCUCUAGGCUCAAAGUUCUUCAAGCUCAGGAUGACUUGGUUAACACCAUGAAGGAGGCAACAGCGAAGGAGCUCUUACAAGUUGGCCAGCAUCACCACAACCUUGUAGAGGCUAUCCUUCCUCAUCACCACCAAGACUUUUAUAAGAAGCUGUUGCAUGAUCUUAUUGUUCAGAGUUUGCUUAGGCUUAAAGAGCCUUGUGUCCUGCUGCGUUGUCGGAAGCAUGACGAACACCUGGUUAAACAUGUAUUGGAUGCAGUGAAGGAAGAAUACGCAGAGAAGGCAAACGUCCACCCACCUGAGAUCAUAGUUGAUGACAUCCACCUUCCUCCGGCUCCAUCACACCAUAAUAUGCAUGGUCCUUCUUGCUCUGGAGGAGUGGUGAUGGCUUCAAGAGAUGGGAAAAUUGUGUGUGAAAACACUCUUGAUGCCAGAUUGGAAGUUGUGUUCCGUAAAAAACUACCAGAGAUCCGCAAGUGCCUAUUCGGUCAGGUUACUGCUUGAGGGGCUGGAACCUUUCCCUGUAUUUAUCACUCUCCGGUCAUCGCUCUGUGGAUUCUGAAUUGGCGAACGACUGUUCAAAUCAUCAUGGCUCUGCUUGUGUCCUCUACUUCGUUUUGUCUGAAAGACUUGUUUGCAUUAUUGAAGCUGUCAUGUUUUCUUGUGAUUAUUUCGUUGGGGCAUUGCAACAAAUUCGUGUUAAGUGAUAUACUUAAUUCUGUACUCUAGCAUUGGGUCUGGGCAUUUUUUGCAGUUUGGAAAUAAAUGUAAGUUGCUUGAUUUAUCGGUUGGACAUAAAAUUAUUGCGAGUAA